AUGUAUCUCAGAGCCACACACGCCGAGGGCUCCAUCGAAGCCCUCUUCGGGUUCAUCAAGCAGAACCCGCUCGGAGUGCUGACGACUGCCAUCUCCUCGCCGUCUCACCCGCUGCUCCAGGCCAGCCACAUCCCCUGGGUGCUCGAUGAACUCACCACCGACCCCGACGCACCCAACCCGCAGUCCAAGGCCAUCAUCGAGGCUGCUGCAGGACAGUGUCCGGCCCAACUGACGCAGGACGUGAUGAUCCUCUUCACGGGCUCGCACCACCACUAUGUCACGCCCAAGUUCUACACCGAGACCAAGCCCAGCACCGGCAAGGUGGUGCCGACCUGGAACUACGCUGCGGUGCAGGUAUACGGCAAGGCCACCGUGUACGUUGACUCUCGCGCCGCAGAGACCUCGAGCUACCUCUCGCAGCAGAUCCACGACCUGUCGCAGCUGUGCGAGACCUCUCAGAUGGGGUAUACGGGGCAGGACGGACAGCCGGAGCCGUGGAAGGUGUCUGACGCCCCGGAGGCGUACAUCAACAUCAUGAAGAAGGCCAUCAUCGGCAUCGAGGUCACGGUCGAGAGCAUCGGGGGGAAGUUCAAGAUGAGCCAGGAGGACACCAAGGGGGACCGCGAGGGCGUCAUCAACGGCUUUGCCAGUCUUGGAACUGAUGUCGGCACACAUAUGUCCUCUCUUGUGAAGCAGCGUGGUGAUAUCUAUGACAGCUCGAAAUAA